UUUGUAAUCAAGUGGUCCGAUUCGUGAUCAAGAAGCCUGACCCCAUGCGGACACGGAGAGGCCGUCAGUCAACCAAAGAGCAAAAUUAUUAAUAAAUUAUAUAAUAAAACAGAUUCUAUAUUAAAGGACGGCAAUCCCCAACUCCUCAAUUCCAGAAAAUUCCCAAAUCCCAAUCCAACAAAACGAAACCCUAAGCCGUCUUAUCGUUUGUCCCGCUCCGGCUACAUGGACCAUCCUAGCUCAUCGCGCAACGGCCGAUCCCUACGCUCUAGUCUCAUCAUCUCCCGUCUGGGCUCCCACGGAAAAUCCGGCAACAAGUUAUCCGUCGAUGAAGAGAGGGAAGACGAGAAGACGAUUGAGAAGCUCACUUUGGAAAACUGGAAACUGAAACGACAAGUCGAUGAGGAAAGCGAGGACCUGCGCCUGCUGAUGGAGCAAUUCCAGGAACAGCUUGUAGUCAUGCGCGGAAUGAAAAUCCAGCUUGACAGUGCAGCAUCGACGGCUACGCUCCAAAACUCGGUCAGGGUGGAGAUAGCUGCCAAACUUGACGAGAGCAAGCAACAGAUGUGCUACUUCAAGACGCACCAGAAGGACAUUGUGAAGAUUUGUCAAACUAUUGUAGAUCCACAAUCUCCCGAGUCCACAGAUGACGAAGACGAGAUCCCACCGAGAACUUUGGCACAACAGAACCUGUUCUACUCGGAGAGAGUUCUGGAGAAAUACAAUUGUGAUAAUCCGGGUGCUGAUUUCGUACUCGAUGAAGCAUUAGCCACCUAUCCAUUUAACUCUCGAGGCACGUGGAUCAUCCAUCUCAACUUCACAGCCAAAGAUAAGGCUGGAUAUGUCCACCGUUUGUUUGGGGAGACGACCGUUGAGCUUAAACCUGGGGAUCCGGUUGAAGUAUUAUCAUAUUGUAUUCUAACUCCUGGUGAAAAUGGUGACUAUUCUAGUCUGACGAAGAGUUGUCGACGAUGUGAUCCCACCUGUUUCGUGCCGAUCUAUCAUCCGGACGAAAAUUGCUUUAAGCGGGGGCACUUCAAUCCUCAUCAUCCUUGACUUGAUUGGUUUCAGGAUGGCCGCUGGCUAAACAAAACUUACUGUCUAAUGCUCAUCUCUCAUUUUGCUUUGAUGAACGGUUUCUACAAUUUGUAGCUAUCUAAUCUCAACUUUUGUCAUGGUUGGCGUUUACGUAGUUACUUGAAAAUGUAGUAUGAUACAAAUUUGUAGCUCAACUUUGUUCUCAAUCUGUUAAUUCAUGACAUACAUUUUAUUUCUCGUGUCAAUUUCGUAUCAAUUUGGUUUAUUGCAUGAGGCUUGAGGAAUGAGAUACGGUGACAACCUCAUUAUGGGUUGUGAGAUUGACAACCCAUUUUAUAACCAUAGGAUCUAUUCUCUCUCUUGUCUCUUUCUUCUUUUUUCAAAUCAAUGGUACAGAUUGGA